UCUUACCGACAGGUACGUUCACCCUCGUAGUUCAUGCUACGUAGUUCAACCUCCUGGUUGAAGCCACUCCAGUUGAAGCAAAUCUCCCCCACAAUCUCCGCCCCAACCCUCAAAAUGUCCGAGCAUUGAAUUUUCCCGUGUCUCCCCGAACAAAGAACAUGUCCAUGUACCCUGUUUACUUAAAUCAUCCAGUGCAAGUGUCAUCCUCCCACGGGAGUUCAAACCCUCCAGCAAUUAAUACAAAUCGUCCAUAAUACACAACCCAAGGUAUUUUUAACACAUCCCUAAAAGCCAAUAAUCGCCAGACAACAAACUCCAUAAACAUUCUUGAGUGCAGUGGUCAAGUAAAUCCAUAAAAACCGUAGAAUUACCAUUACACCUCAUCAAGGCAACCAGGAUCGUUACCCAUCACUCGAAGAUGACAUAACCUGACACAAUAAAGUGAAAUGGACAGACAAAGCAAAGCCAAAUGAAAAUAAAUAAGAAUCAUUGAACACAUGUUUUAGGGGAUUGAGAAAGGAAAAUGGCGACUGAUGGUGAGGAGAAGAGGACUAGGAUCGUGGUGGAGACGAGUCUGGAUAGUGAGGAAGGACAUGAGGAGCCGGCGCCCAAGAGGCCAAAGAUGUCUGGAUGUCCCUUUCAACGAUCGACUGUUGUGAAUAAUUUAGCACGUGCAGACAGUGCUGGUGGAACGACUGAUAAUGGUGAUGAUAAUUAUGAGGAUGAGGGGGGAAGGGGUGAUGAGGACAGGGGGCAGGAUGAUCUGGGGAAUGAUGGUGAUGACGGGGGUGGGGAGAGUGAAAAAAAUUUGACUGAUGGCGUUAAUGGAUACAAUCAAAGCUAUCAGUCUGAUGGUGAUGAUGAUGAUCUGAGGCAGUUUGAUGUUCUUGAUGAUCUGGGGAGGAAUUCUGAUCAAGAGGGCUCGGAUUAUGAUACUGAUACUAAUGAGAGUGUGGAUUCUGAUGUACCUGAUGAGGAGAUUGAAGCUAUGCUGGAGGAAGGUCUUCCCGAGGAGUUCAAAGGAAAGAAGAAACGAAAAAACGAUUGCAGGCCUUACGAGGAGAAAGAAAAAUUGGUCCUGGAUGAAAUUGGACACAACCAUUUCGAUGUAUUACCUGAGGGUUGGGUGCAGGUGACCCACAACAGUGGAAUGCCACUAUACCUUCACAAGCAGAGUCGCGUUUGUACACUGGCAAAACCAUAUUUCCUCGGUCCAGGAAGUGUACGAAAGCAUGAAGUACCUGUUAGUGCUGUACCAUGCCUUCAAUACAAACGUGCACUACAGGAGGAGGAGGAGGAGCGGCGAAAGGAGAAGGAACGUGAGCCAACAGCUGAUGCUUGCACACUGCCAAGUGCUAAGAUUGAAACAAUUCAGGAGAAUUUAGCAGCACACUCACUAGACAGCGAACAAUUGCGAAAUUAUUGUCAGAAUAUCUUCAGGUUCAAAGCAAUCAAGGUAAUGAGAUUUCAAUCGUGGUCAGCAAGGAGAAAAUUUACGAAGAAUAAGAAGCACAGAAAACAAUUGGAGAGACCAACACUGCCAGAUGGUACAAAAUUAAUAACAUUUCCGAUUGGAAGUGCCAAUUCAACGAGAAAUGGCAGUCCUGGAGCUGGGGAUGAUGCUGGAGGACAACGACCUGCUAAACACUGGAUUAUGAAUCCCUCGGGGAAGAGUUCUGUUUGUAUUUUGCAUGAGUAUGUUCAACAUGCUCUGAAAAAACAGCCAACGUAUAAAUUCAAGGAAUUAGAAAAUGCUGCCACCCCCUACUCUGCAGUUGUUUGCAUCAACGACAUGGAAUAUGGAAGUGGUUUUGGAAGCAGUAAAAAACAGGCGAAAACCGAUGCUGCCCGAAAAACCCUGGAAAUAUUGAUUCCCCAGAUGAGAGAUAAAAUAUCAGGCGAAACAACUAGUGACAGUGCCGCUAAUACUGGACGAACAACGAAAGCCUCGAGGGGAAAUUCCGACGCUGAUCUCUCGUUUUUCGAUGAAAUAUCAAUCACUGAUCCCAGAGUUGCUGAAUUCUGUGCUAAGACAACUGAACCAUCGCCACAUGCCAUUUUAAUAACAUGUUUACAGAGAAAUUUUGGCCUAGGCGAUAUGCAUAUUAAUUACUCGGUUAAUACACUUAAACAUCAGAGGAAUGAAUUCACUAUGAAAGUGGGGAAACACGAGGCCACUGUGAUAUGUAGAAAUAAAAAAGAUGGAAAACAAAGAGCUGCUCAGGAGAUUCUCCAGCGUCUCCAUCCCCACAUAACAUCCUGGGGUUCACUUCUCCGUUUGUACGGUUCGCGCAGCGUAAAAUCCUUCAAAGAGAAAAAACAACUGGAGCAGGAGAUAACAUUGCUCCAGGGUAAAGCUGCUGUAAAUCAGCCAAAUCAUGCGAUUCUUGGGAAAUUACGACAGGAGAUGAAAAAAUUGUCAGAACAACAUCAGUCCAUACAACCCAUUGGUAAAUUCGUACCACCCGACCUGCCAACUGGAUCUGCUGCCAAUCUCAACAAUGUUGAUCUGUAGAUGAUGAUCGAUUAAUUAAAUUAUUUUUUUGGAUAUUAGCCGAUUGUCACUGGAAAGGAUGUGGUAGUGCUGAUGAAUGAAUUCGAUAAUUUUAAGGGAAUCAUGUGGUAAUGAGCAGCCAAAUGGCUCUAACUGAAAUUUUUUCGAUAGAUCGAUAAGAAAAUAUGAUGUAAAGUCGAUUUAAGCGUAACAGCAUGCCAUGAAUCUUCGUAAUCCUUGACGAAGGAUUUAUACUGGUUAUGAAUGUACCAAAGGAUUUCAUUUCCACUUGAGAAUUAUGUUUAUAUUUUUAAGUUAAUAGUAAAGGGGUAGAACAUUCAUUCGUUAUUGAUAAUUUUUUGCUUUUGGAUAUCGUUUGGAGUUUGACAUCUUAAUCAACAGUAAUUAUGAUGAAAAUAAUGACGAUAUAUUUUUAAUUAACAAUUCACAAGUGACAAUUAUUGUGAAUUAGUUUAUUUUCUUUGAAAGAUUUAGGGAGGGGGGUAUAAUGAGCAAAAUGAAGUGAACUCAUCUCGUUUAAUUACUUCUCUAUUGAAUUACCUGUGGAUUAUGCAAAAAAUAUUCGAAAUAAUUCAUUAACUUUCUCACUAUCAGGUCAAAUUACUUCUGUAGCUUGAAAUUUCGAUACGAAAAAAAAUCGUAAGGAUGAAAAAUAUGUAGCUAAUUUUUUUAGAUAAAUUUUUCGAGAUUGUUUAUUUAUGAUAGUUGUUUGAUAUGUUCUACCGCUUUGCUACUGAAUUUAUGUUAACAAAGCUACCAUAUCCUUGAUGCGCUUAGACCCAAGAUUCGAGUCUUGUAUAGCUGCCAAUACUAGAAUUUCUCAUCAAGACUGUAUUAAUUAAGUUUUAUUUAUUAUUCUCGGCGAAAAAAAAAAUGGUGUUAGAAUUCUCAGAAUCAGAUCAUGUUGAUAGAUUAUAGACAAUUUUAUAUAAUAACAAUUUAGUACAACUUAAGGAAUUGUAAAUACUGCCUUAUGUUCACUCUUUCGUUGUUGCAAUGAUUUUCAUUUUUUGAAGAAUGUUCGUCGAAUAGUUUAUUUCUGCGACAAUUUUUUUUUUGGUUUCUCUCGUUACAAUAUUUUCAAAUUCGUAGGUAUAUAAUAUUGCAUUAAUAGUUAUAUUAUAUACAGUUAAAAACUAUAUUUUCACUGACUCUUCGGCUCUGUUUGACGUAUUCACUGGAGUCUACAGACAUUGUAACAAGUGUUAAAACACAUCCAAAGAAAAUAUUUGGUUUUUCCAAAAAAGUACGGCCAGGUUUUUUUUUUUGCUAAUUAGAUUGACACUGAUAUGCAUUUUUUUGUCUCAGGCCAAUAGAUUGGUUUACAUUUUCAAUUGAUAUCAAAUUAAUGUGUCAAUAUUUCUAGAAAUAAUUGCUAUGGGUCCUGUGUCAGAUAUAUUUUUCUUUCUGGUCAAUUUUUAUAUCAAACGAUCGAUAUUAAACGAUUUAUGCUUUCAGAUAAGUCAUUAAUUCUUUGGAAUGUCAACUGAGAAAUGCUCUUUAGUAAAUAAAUGCUAAAUAUUAGCAUUUCCGGAUCGUCGAUAGAUUAAAAAAUUCUAAAUUCAAAAUUAUAAUUAACGGUCCUUUUGGUCUAGUCGUCUCACACUAUAGAACCGACUAUUUGGAAUCUCGUAACAAUGUCUACAAUAGUUUCUUUCAAUGUUCUUCUCGUCGUUUGAUCGGCUAAAUCUACGGUAAUAUGACAACUCUUUGAUAAAAAGUCUUUGCAUUUGAAUAUCUCGAAAUCUCGGAUAAACUUGAUUUUUUUUUUUCAUGAGAGGAGGUGGCUCUUAAAGUGGCUCUACCCUCAGGUCGAUAUUUUAUCCAUCAGAUUCGCUGGUUGUGAAUAUAUUCAGUUGCCCAGUUUUUCAAAUUAUUGCAUGAGUCAAAUUCAGAUUUUAGCUGCGUUAAGUUGCCAUUUUUUCACUUUUUUUGAAUAAACAAAAGAUAAUUAAAUCGAAGAAAAAUUGUAAUUUCAAAUGUGAUCGAGUUUUCUGGAAAUUUUGUGGCGUUUUCGAUCAUUUUUGAAUUUACGAAAAGGGUAGAGCCACUUUAACGAUGUCCUCGGUGAAGUUGAAAGUGAAAUUUGGAAUGGAAUUAAUAAAGCUUUUAAUAUGAGGUAUUAAAAAAAGGUAUUAAGGAUAUC